CUGUGCAAAGGUGAAGGUGAAAUUUGUCUCAGUAUAGGACUGAGGUGUAGCUAGUUCUGUAAAAACGUGUAGAUAUGCACAUAUAGUGACUAUUAGAGUGGUUAUGGAUUUAAAUCAACUAUUUUGAAUGUGAAGUGGAGGACGUGAAGACCAGUAAAGUUAAAAUGGCAGAGUCCAGAGUUCAUAAUCAGUUUAAACUCACCUCAGAAGACUAUGUGUUUUCUGAUGUUGGUGAAGAGGUCACCCUCCCCUGUCACCUCUCACCUGACACCAGUGCUGUUGCCACGACGAUCAGGUGGUUUAAAGAGACAGAGUGUAUUUACCUGUAUCAGAAUGGCCAGGUGACAGAGAGGAGUGGCUAUGAGGGCAGAGUGAGUCUGAUCACCCAGGAGCUGGAGAGAGGCAACGUGUCUCUGAGGCUGACAGACUUCAGGAGGCCAGAUAGAGUAGUCUACAUAUGUCAGGUCAUCCAUGGAGAACAGAAGGAGGAGGCUGCAGUGGGUUUAUGGGAGAGAGAAGAUGACCGAGCAAGCCUGGCAUUACCCUCAGGAUCCCGGUAUUUACAACGUGAGACCCAGGAGAACAAGCUGAAGAGGGUGGCAUCAGCUGGUGAGCUUGUUAAAAUGGCAGAGUCCAGAGUUCAUAAUCAGUUUAAACUCACCUCAGAAGACAAGGUGUGGGCUAAUAUAAGUGAAUAUGUCACCCUCCCCUUUCACCUCCCACCUGACACCAGUGCAGUUGCCACGACGAUCAGGUGGUUUAAAGAGACAGAGUGUAUUUACCUGUAUAAGAAUGGCCAGGUGACAGAGAGGAGUGACUAUGAGGGCAGACUGAGUCUGAUCACCCAGGAGCUGGAGAGAGGCAACGUGUCUCUGAGGCUGAGAGACUUCAGGAGGUCAGAUAGAGGAGUCUACAUAUGUCAGGUCAUCCAUGGAGUACAGAAGGAGGAGGCUGCAGCGUUUUUAUGGGACAGAAGAUCAAAAAGAUCAGGUUUGUACUAUUUACAACAUGAGACUCGGAAGGGUAAGGUGAAGAGGGAGGCAUCAGCUGGUGAGCUUGAGUUGAAGAUGGAAAAAGAAUUAAAAGAGAUAUUAAGACAGAAGAUGAUGAAACAACUAGAUGAUAUGACCCAGGAAGUGAGAGAGAAAGAGAGACUCCUGGAGGAGAAGAACCAGAUAAUGGGACAGAGGGAGAAACUAUUAGAAGAGAAAGAAAACCAACUGGAAGAGAAAGACAAGCAACUAAAGGAUAGAGACAUUCAACUAGAGGCACUGAGAAAGAACCUGCAGGACAAGAACAGCCAAGUAGAGAACUUCAGAGUCCUACUGCAGGAAAAAGACCUUCAACUAGAGGACAGCAACCACAGACUGGGAGAGAAGGACAGACUACUGGAAGUGAGAGAGAAACUACUGGAGGGAAAAGAAAAUGAACUAAAAGAGAGGAGGCAGGAAGUAGAAGAGAAAGAUAACCUACUAGAGGAGAGAGAGAAGCAGUUAAAGGAAAGAGACAAACAGCUGGAGGAUGUCAACAAUGAAAAUGCUGAACUGGCUCAACAGAUAUGUGAUGUGAAGACUGAGGUAGAGAGACUGAGAAGAGAGAUCUCAGGCCAGAUGACUGAACCUGGAGAGACGUCAGAUACAGGUUCCAUACUCCCAGUCAGGAGGAGACACAGCAUGGAGGAUCCUCCAGACAUGGGAGGAGAGACCUCAGAUACAGACCCCACACUUCCACUGAGGAGGACAAACAGCAUGGGGUUACUUCCUCCAUCUAUGGGAGGAGAGAGCAGCAGUCCAGACUCCCCAGGUUCUCCCAGUGUGUCUGAGCUGAGACUGGUGCUGCUGGGGAGGACUGGGGCUGGGAGGAGUGCAGCAGGAAACACCAUCCUGGGCAGAGAGGAGUUUGGGGCCCAGGCCAGCCCCUCUGCAGUGACCCAGAGGUGUAAGAGGAGAGAGGGGGACGUGUGUGGGAGACGGCUGGUGCUGGUGGACACUCCAGACUGGUUCUGUCCUGGACUCUCUCUGGAGGAGAUAAGACAGGAUGUGGGGCUCUGUGUCCGUCUGUCUGCCCCAGGACCCCACGCCUUCCUCCUGGUCAUACCAGUGGAGCCUUCUAAGGGGGAGGAGAGAGGGGUGCUGGAGAGAACAGAGGAUAUGUUUGGGGAGGGUUGUUGGGAACACACUGUGAUUCUAUUCACUCAUGAUGAUGUCCUGAAAGAGCAGAGCAUUGAGGAGUUUCUCCAAGCAGGAAGUCAGGACCUCCAGCAGCUUGUAGAGAAAAGUGGGAACAGGUACCACGUCCUCAACAUUAAGGACAGGGCCCAUGGCACUCAGGUAUCAGAGCUGCUGGAGCAGGUAGAGGAGAUGGUGGCAGGAAACAGAGAGAGAUUCUACAGCAGUCAGACCUACCAGGAGGCAGAGGACCAGGUUAGAGAGAUGGAGGGAAAGAUCCAGAGAGAGAGAGGAGAGAGGAAACAGAGGGAGGAGAGAGACUUGAGAGAGAGGCUUCAGAAGGAGUUGCAGGAUUCUAUGAAGGAGAAAGAUGGAGAAAUCCAGAAACUCAAGAGAAAUAUCAGAAUUCUCAGAGAACGAAUAACAGAACUGGAGAGACAGGUGAAAGAAGAGAGGGAUGAGGAGAAGAAAAUAGAGCUGGAGAAGGAGCUGAAGAGGGAGUCUGAUAGGAGGGAGGAGAUGGAGAGAAAGAUGGAGAGAUUUAGAGAGAAGACAGAGAAUGAGAGGAGGGAGAUGGAGGAGAGACACAGACAGGAGAUAGAGGAGAUGAUGGAGAACUAUGAAGGAGAGGCCAGAGUUGAAGCAGAGAGAAACCUGAUGAAGAUAGUCCUACCUGAGUUACAGAGGAACAUCAUGAUCUCACAGACAAAGAUGCUGAGAGAGUUCAGCAGACAGAUGAAAGAGAAGAAUAGACAGAUGGAGGAGAAAGGUGGAGAGGUGGAGAGACUGAGACAGAACUUGAAAGAGGUCAGUGAAGCUCAUUCAGUGUUGGAGGGGAGACUGCUGCAAGAGGGGAGAGGUCAGAGGGCACUGAUAGGGUUGUUGGGCUGGGUCAGGAGAAACUCAUCAAGUUGGCUUCUCCACAAUCUGACAUGAUUCACCAUCACCGUCUAUGUGUAGAACCAGACCAGGUCUACUGUCCACUGUACCGUGGUGAGUGACCAUGGAUCAUGGUGAUCAUGGGGAAAACAGGUCAGAAUAAUGUCUGGUCCAGUCUACAGUGUCUAGAGAAGGAGGGGAGGGAGGUCUGUAAAGAUCUUGAUGAGACGU